AGAGAUGACAGUACCUACAACAUACUGUCCAGGUAGACUACAAUCAUUUGAGAUGCACUUCCACUUCUCAACAGAGCAGGGCGCUGUGACACGUGCUCUGCGCUCUGUCAUGACUCUCUUAUCUUGGUAACAAAAGCUGUUGUCAAACGUUGCUAAGGAAGUAAUUGAGCUACUUUUAAAUUAGCCACCCUUAACCCAAGCAGUAAACCACAGAUAGCAAUGAGAGAGAUCCAUCCACCUGACCACAGCUGGUCUCAGACAUGACGAGAGGAUGACGGAGAAUGGAAAGGGCAGCCCCCUCCAUCAGUCCUGUGAAGCUCCUAGUAAAGGACAUUCAGUUGUCAAUGACAGCAGCCGGGCACUCAAGACCUCCUUAGUGGAUGCCAAAUCUGGCAAGGAACACAAUGAUGCUCUUAAACUCACUGCUAGAAAUGCAGAGGGAGAUAUCAGUCCAUACCAGCCUCGGCCACCUUCGCUACCCAGGCUAUCCAGCAAAAGUGUCUCAGUGGAGGAGACUAUGAGAACCAGGAGGCUGAAAAACAGCCAGGAAAGUCUGAGUGACCCUGUCGAGACUGGCUCCUCCACAGACUCACUUAAAGAUGACCAAACAGCUCCAGCUCCAGGUGGGUUUCUCAGCGAGUCUACCACCAUUAGGAAUGACCAGGUCUCCAAUGUGAGACCCCUCUCUGCUGUUGCGACCGAAUCACCAGACUUCCGGGACAGAGGGAGCAGUCUCUCUGAGUAUGAAAGGAGGCCCCGCAGCCAGCAGAGCGACCCCACAGACCACCGGCCGAGGUCUACCAAGGUGCGUCUGUCUCCGGUGCAACCCACGGGGACGCUGCCUGCUCUGGGGAAGAGCUUUGCGUCAGCCACUUUAAGGGCAGCUAAUAGGAUUGACACGGAUUGUUUGGAUUAUACCGUGUUGGCCAGAGAGAAACUCGGUGAGAGACUACACAGGAACCUGAGCGACAGCCGCCUUCUGGAGAACAUGGGGUCAGAUAGUGCCUCUGUCAACUCCAUAAGGUCCAACUACAGCGUGCUUAGCCCCAUCAGACCCCAGGAUGUGAGGAACAGGAGUUUUAUGGAGGGCAGCGUGCUGGGAAGCGGUGCCCUGCUCGGGGCUGAGGAGUUGGAUCGCCACUUCCCCGACAGGAGAGUGGGCAUCUACAUAGCCACUUGGAACAUGCAGGGAGAGAAGGGGCUUCCAGCCAAUUUGGAUGAUCUCCUCCUUCCAACAGACUCUGAAUUUGCACAGGACUUUUAUAUUAUUGGGGUCCAGGAGGGCUGUCCUGACAGGAGGGAGUGGGAGACCCGUCUUCAGGAGACUUUGGGACCGUACUACGUCAUGCUGUACGCAGCAUCUCAUGGUGUUUUGUAUCUCACUGUAUUUGUCAGAAGAGACCUCAUCUGGUUCUGCUCAGAGGUGGAGCACGCCACCGUCACAACCAGGAUCAUCUCUCAGAUCAAGACUAAAGGGGCUGUGGGAAUCGCCUUCACCUUUUUUGGCACUUCUUUCCUCUUCAUCACAUCGCAUUUUACCUCUGGAGAUGCCAAAGUCUACGAGAGAGUACUGGAUUACAACAAGAUCGUCGAGGCUCUCGCUCUGCCAAAAGGCCUUCCAGACACCAACCCGUACCGCUCCACACCAUCUGACGUCACCACAAGAUUCGACCAGGUCUUCUGGUUUGGAGAUUUUAACUUUCGGCUGAGUAAAGCCCGAGCCGACGUUGAUGCCAUCAUGACCCGCACAGUAGGCGGCGAUAUGGGCCUUCUGUUGGAGCACGACCAGCUCUCCAAGGAAAUGAAGGAUGGUUCAAUCUUUAAAGGUUUCCAGGAGGCACCAAUACAUUUCCUCCCCACAUACAAGUUCAACAUCGGCUGUGAUGUCUACGACACAACUUCUAAACAGAGAACGCCUUCAUACACAGACCGGAUCGUGUUCAGGAGCAGGCAGGCUGAUGACAUAAAAGUGUUCAAGUACACCAGCUGCUCCAGCAUCAAGACCUCAGACCAUCGUCCCGUCAUCAGCGUCUUCCAGGUCAAACUCAGGCCAGGCAGAGACAAUAUUCCCCUUGGUGCGGGACAGUUUGACCGAAGCUUGUACUUGGAGGGCAUCAGGAGGAGGAUCACCAGAGAGCUGAAGAGGAGGGAGGCCAUGAAGAACGAAAGUAGCAGCACCAUCUGCACCAUCUCCUAAAUCCUUAAAAAAAACUCUCCAGACCGGAGUAGAUCGAACUGUGCCAGAAACUGUAAUGUAAAUCCAACCAGAGUUGUCUUAACUACACAGAGGCCAGUGCUGGUUGUGGUAACUGAGCAGAGUGCGCCCUCUGUUGGGCAUUGAUGGGAACUGUCUGUGUGUGGCUGGCUGUACUUGAGGGCAGGGCCCUUGAGGUCGGACACACAGAGAGGUUUGCAGACACAGCAGCAGUCUGGCCUUUAUUUAUCCAGCCCCCUCUACUCAAACAUGAGGGUCAUUGUGGCAUAUUCUUCAGCCACAUGCUCCAGUGUAAACUGAUCUAACCUAAAGGCUCUGUGUAACUGCAUAUUUUCAAUUGAUUUUUUGUUUGAAAUGCUGUUUUUUCCUGAAUGCUUCAUCAGUGUUUAAAUGCCUUGUGAAUUUGUCGUCAAAUAGCUUAACAAACAAAUUGCAAUUUGGUGGCACAUUGAGGUGCACUUUUUAAUGUUAUUUUAAGGGUCUGCCAUUUUAACUUGACUUUUGUUCUGAGCUAAAUGUUUUGUAGGAGAGAUUUAUGACUGAAGAAGGGAAGGUACAAUUUCAAGACCAUGACAUUGAAGUCAGGAGGUUGUUACUUGUUACAUGCUACUGUUGAAUUUCAGGGAGAUCAAAUGUAUUUGACAGCUUAUAUUUAACUUUUUUUAGUGGGAACUCACUUCCUAUAAAGUAUUUACACUUUUAACGCCUGUCACUACUUUUUCUCUUAAUGGAUCCUUUGCGAAAGACUGUAACUCAAUGCCUUACCUCUCAUCUCACAGCUGUGUGAACUCCUAUAUCUAUAUUCUAUAUCUAUAUAUCUAUAUAUCUAUAUAUAUAUCUAUAUAUACUAUAAUAUGUCCAUGUACUGUAUGUACCUCAUUAAUAAUGAACUUGCAUUCCCAGCAUGAAGAGCAGUCUGCUCCAAAAAAAAAGUGCCUGUGGGUCUCGUUUUCAUUUCCUCAAGACUCCCUAACUUUAUCUGCAUAUUUUUUAUAUGUCACCCAUGAUGUAACAUCCCGUAAUAAACGUUUUGAAACACA